UGAAGAUGAAGCUGUGAAUUUAGGGCAAGAGAUAAAAACCUUUCAGAAAACCAAAUCAAUGAUACAAUUGAACAAAUCUGAGAAUAACCCGUCAAAAUUAAGCGAAAUGGCAACCAACGCCAAUGAGAAAGAAGCAAACUUGGUGGAAUCUAGGAGGGUGAUAAAAACGAAUCUUUGGCAAGAGAAGCUGCUGCUGCUGUUUCCAUUUUUUCUGAGGUUUGCAGUGCAAUUGGUGGUCGUCCCUUAAAAAUCGAAGGGCUAUUGCCCCCUAAUACUUCAAACUCUAUAAAACCUGCAUAUCCCUCCCUCAAUCAACCCCCACUUUGCUUUACUUGUUGUUACAAACGGAAACCCUUCUCAACUAUCACAACCCUUUUUCUUCUGCUUCUUCUUCUUCCAACAGAAAUCUCUAGUCUAAUUCACAAUACACUUACAGAAGAAGAAUUCUUAAUCAAAUUCAUCCAUUCAUUCAUUCAGACCUACUUUUAAUGUUGAACUAGACAGACACUGUAAUUCAUUCUUGGUUUCGUGUGCAUACUGACCCUUGUGAGUUCUUGGUUUUGAUCUUUCUGUUUUGAUUCUUCUGAAAUCCUUCUCUCAAAUUUCUGUUAAAGACUGUAGAGAAUUAUGGCAAGCAUUCGGAAAAUGUGCUUCAAUGAUCUUCUUGCUAUGAACCAUAUACUGAUGGCAAACAAUCGUCAGAUAGCUACAACUUUGCGAGACAGUACUUAUGGAUCUUUAUUGGAUGAGAUACUGCGUAACCCUGAUUACGCUCUUGUUGCUGUAUCCCCUAGCAAUCAAAUUUUGGGUUUAAUUACUGCAGGUAUUCAUGGAGGAGGUAGAGAAACGAUUUGCUACAUAACUGGGAUAUUUAACGAAGAUUUGGGAUUGCCUGAAAUUGGUGAUAUGCUUAUCCAGACAAUAGUGGAAAAGGCUGACAAGAUUGAUGACGUAUAUUUUGUGGAAGUAGAUGUCCCAUUAAACAACAAAAGAUGCCUCAAUUUUUUUGGAAAACAUGGGUUUACUUGGGAUGGCAAACAGUCUAAAGGAAGUAGCAGAAGACUCAGGAAAGACUUGAACAAAAUUUUCGUUAAUACCUGGUCCGAACCUACAACAAUCUACUAGCGGGUCAUCCAAAUGAUAUUUUUAGCAAUGAUACACAUACACGUUUAAAUAGUGACCGCGGUAUACCAAAAAUACAGUAUAAAUAGUUUGCCAAGGUGAAAGCUAGGUCUUACAUUGUAUGGAUUCAUCCUGUACUUCAGUUAUAGAGUUGUUGCAGAAGAUGGGGUGAUAAGCAGUCUGGUGCCGUAUCUGGAUGAACUGUUGGUUUUACUGUCUUCAUCUUGUGCUGCUGGUGGUUAGACUUUUUUGAGGUGAAUUUAGAUAUUGCGGUGGCAUUCGGGCCGCCUAAUAAGUCUUGGUUGUUACAGUGUGCAUUUUUCUGUAAACACUCAAUGUAUCAGUAUGUUUCUUUUGUUCUGCAACAUGUCGCAUACCUAUUCUUCUAAGUAAUUUUGUUGUUCAACCAUUUUUGUUUUCAA